AUAACGAUAUGCAAUUCAAGUGCUGUUGAAAAUAAAAUUGAUUUGCAUUGCAUUUGUUUUUAGUUAAAGAAAUAUCCAAACGUUAAAACAGAUCAACCAAUACAUAGUGUUUCAAUUUGUGUAGUCAAUCGAUAUCAGGUGGUUGAAGCUGUCCAGUCAAUCGAUAUCGGGUGGUUGAGUUUGCAAAAAAUCCGGUUAAGUGAAGGGAGAUUUGUUCUCAAAAUUGAAUUAAAUGUUAUUGUUUUCGCACAAAAAGAACUCGUUAGUCGCCAACACAACAAAUCCCAGUGGUCAAACGGACUGAACUGGACAAGCAAACAACUGCCAAAAACUAGAGCGUAUGUGAAGCAAAGGCGUGUGUGCGAUACACACCAAGCGAUAAGAGAAAAAACGGUUAACGGAAAGCUUUCAAGGAUAAGAAAGUUAAACUAUAUCCAGGAAAAAGAAGCAAAAACAAAAACAACGAAACGCGUGUGCCGCAAAAAUUGGCGAAAAUCGCAACAAAAAAGUGUAUGUCAAAUAGGAAAAUGUGGCUCCGCCAGCGAUAACGGUACUCCAAUGCGCUCUCUCGCACGCACACAGACACACACCGCACACCACCACUACCACUGCCAAACAGCGAGUCCUGACCAACAGCCGCACCUAUAAAAGUGGGCGUAGGUAGAGACAAGUCGCCGUAACAAAUUGCCCACUAGAGAUGUAUGCUAAUUGUUUAAACAAAUCCAACCUGGCUUAAUCCAGCCACCCAAGCGAAUUCCGAUACACACCUACACACACACACACCCGCACACACACGUACCCACGCAGGAGGUGAGGAAGAGGAUAGGAGAGGAGAGGAAGGGAAACUAAGCGAAAGGACAGGACAGAAGGGCAAGAAGAAGAACGUAGCAGCAUCGGCGCGUUGGAGAAAUGUGCGGGAAGAGAAGAUUGAAAAUAAACGUGUAGUAGAGAAUUUUUGAAGCACUCACACGCACCCCACCUCCACCUCCCACACUCGUGCUCUCUCUGUCUCUCCGCUUAUCCCGUUUGCCGCCUACACACAUACACACCUACUACAUCCCUGCGUACGUACGCUCUCGUAUCGCGAAAAGCGUAAGCUUUGUUGUUGCUUCUCCCACUUCCUCUCUUGCUGCGGAGCUUCUGGUGCUGUUGUUGUUGUUGUUGUGGUGGUUGCCGCUGAGCAAAUGGCAGACCCUCUAAGCGGGCGCCGCUGGUGAUAACAUGUCGUAAUGGCCAGAGAGGAGUCUCGCGGCAAGAGACCACUGAAAAUCUGGGACAGCUGGCGGAAUGUGCGCAAGGGCGUCGUAGUUGGGACCUUCGAGGAGCUCUUGGUCCGCGGCAAGGAUAAGCUGGGGGUUCCUGCUUCAGAACCGGUGCGCGUUGUUCUGGAGUGUGAUGGAACCCAAAUCGAGGAUGGCGAAUACUUUCGCACCCUGGCCAACAAUACGGUGCUGCUGCUGUUGAGGCAGGGCGAGCGCUGGUAUCCCACUGGCGUCGAUGUCAUAAAGGCUGCCAUAUCAGCUAUUCCGAAAAUCGUCUGUGAGACGAUUCAUGCGCUGGAGUUGCAUGAUGAGACACCGUCGUGGAAGAUCAUGGAUAACAAAGGGCGUGUCACGGUGGUUCUGCACUGGGAUCAGCGGCAGGGUGGAGGAGGCGGCGGCGGAGGGAGUGGUGGCGCCGGCGGCGGUGUGGGGAGCAUGUGCUCCGGCCUGGGCAGCAGCAACGGUCUGCUGUCGUCCGACAAGUAUUCGCCCUCGAAGAAGGGCCUCUCCGCGCAGAGUUCGCUGGACAACAAGUCGGUGUCAUCGCAGUCCUCCCAGCCGCGCUAUGCCAGCCCCCAAAUAACGGUGAUCAGCGACGAUGGACCGGCGAGCAUAUACCAUCCCGGUGGCGUUGUCCUGCCGCCAGGAGUUGUGAUACCCGGCGGCAGCAGGCGGCUCUCCAAGCAGGGCAGCUCCUUCGACAGCAACGUGGGCGUGGGCGUUGGAGCGGUCCAUGUGCAUACGCCGGAGUGCGCCCACCACGCCCACACGCCCAGCAGGGCGGGCAGUCCCAGCACCACGGAGUGCGACUUCCACUGCUGUGCCCUGCACGAGGAGGGGCGCAAGAUCGCCGUGCACAAGAGCGUGGCCACGUCGCCCAUCCAGGAUGGGAGCAGCAGUCCCCAGCCGCAGUCGGCACCAUCGGUUAUGGAUCCUAUGCUCGGCGGCAGUGGCAGCAGCGGCGGGGGGAGCGGCAGUAUGCAGCGUCGUUCGUCGGGCGCCAAGGGACAUGUGCGUUUCCUGGACAUCGCCCCCGAACGGGAUAGCUCCGAGAGCGAGACGGAGAACACGGUGAUGGAGGACGACAAGACGACGACGGAGAAGUUUCUGCUGCUGAUCGACCAGCUGUCGGUGGACCAGAAGCGCCACCUUAGCAUCAAGGACAUCGGCAUCAUACUGGAACGCCUCAACUCCAAGAUUCUCGACGUGGAGCGAUUGGAUCGCGAGUCCGAGUCGGAUGAUUGCUACAACUGGACGAUAAAGGCGACAAUACGCGGCGAUGCGCUGCGCGAACUGGGCGUCAUUUACAAUGGCAACUACUAUGCCAUCUCCGAGCACCCCGGCUACAAGGAGGAGCUGGAGGAGAACGGCGAGGAGGUCGAGGAGGAGGAGGAGGAGGAUGAGGAGGACAGAAUUUAGAGUGCCAACGACGGGCAGACGGGCAAACCCACAGGUUCACGAAUGUCCCACGUUGGGCGCCACGGAAGGUAUCAAUAAACUAGCGCAUUUUACAGAAACAAAAAACGAAAAAAUGGAAAAAAAAACAAAAAAUAGGAGUAGCCCAGCAGCUCAACACACACUCACACAACAGACUCACACACACACCAACAUGCAUACAUAUAUACAUAUAUACUUAUAUAAAAUAAUUACGAGAAUAUAAUAAUGCAAGUCGCACAUUGUACAAUAGUGAAGUAAGCAUAAACGUGAAUUAUAAAAAGGCGAAAGCAAAGCAGCCACACACCCAGAGACACACACACCCGAGCCCACAGCAAGCGCGAACCAUGCUAACGCCGUUUUUUGUAGCAUUUAGGCCAGAAUUCUCAUAGACGGGGACCGACUUCAAGCGAUGGAGUGCAGCUGGUUGUACACGGUGAAGCGGCAGGCUUGUAGCAUAGUAGCAACCUUAUCGAAACCCGAGCAUUUAGCCCCUACAGCUCGCUCCCCACUUAUGGCCAGCUCAACAAAUUUACACAAUUUCGAGUUCGAACUCCCCGAAAAAUCAACCCAUAGAUCAGUUGCAAUCCCCCAGAGCCACCCGAACCCUGUGUUGUUAUUAUCGUUGUUGUACAAUAGAUGUUUCGUAUUCCGUUGUGAUUGUGUGCCAAAAUAGCCUUAUUUAGUUGGAUAGCCCCACACACAGACUGCCACUCGAGUCAGGAAAUCUAAUCUAAAACCCAAAGACUAUAAGUUGUGAAAGAGAUAUAGAUAACAGAGACUAUAAAUUGUUGUUGCCAGAAAAAAAGUAAAUGAUGACGGGUUCUAACUGAUAGGUUCAGUCGGUCUCUCGUUUCCUAUGAUGUAGUGAGUUCCUCAGUUUGCUUUUCGAUCUGCCCCCGCCACACCCCCAGCAUUUGUAUAGUUCCUGGAUAGCGCAACUCUCUGGUUUAAAGCCUAUUAUUUGUUAAUGUUGUUGCAUUUAUCCCCCGAUAAAAGAAAGAUACAUCCCACAGAUCAUCCGCAUCAUCAGCAUGUAAAACUGCCGUUAUUUGUAGUGUUGUCAAACGUUCAACAAAUCGCGCACAAUGUUAAAAUUAAACACGGAGAAUAGAAACAAUAAGCAAGAUGCUCGAGGCUCGACGAUCGACGAUCGAUGAUCGAUGAUCGAUGCUCGCAAAAUGCCUGACGAACAGACUAAAAAAUGUGUGUGUAGUAGACAUGUAGACCGCCCCCGCAUGGCCUCCAAAAUCAGCCGUAGGUCCAUUGGGAGUAUCUAUCAGAACACGACAUCACACGAUCGCAAUCGAAAUUGUAAUUGGAACAAAUGCGUAAAAGCGAAAACACUGCCAACAUCGCCAUUAGCAUUCGCAUCUGCAUCUGCAUCCGUUGGCUUAGACUUUCAACUUCCGGAACCUCGACUGUUCCAUACGGGUAUCAAGCAAUCGGGGAAAUCGAGGGAGCAGUAGGUUUGGGGAUUCCUGGACACAGGACUCUCAAGCGAUUUAUCUUCUGAAGUACAACGAGUUAUUCAAUUUAGCAGAAUUCAAUUUAAAAUCAGCUAAGAAAGUAGAUUCUUAAUAUUCCGUUUAAAGUUAACUAUAAUAUUUAAAUUUACAAAUUCUAUAAUAUUUUAAUAGACCGCUUAGAAAGAGUGUACAUUUACUUUAACAAUUUUAAAACACAGUUCUUAACCUUUCCAAAUAUCUCAUCUGAUAAAAAAGUUUAAAAGGCGUUCCCCAAGUGAUAUUUCUAAAAUGUAUUUAAACCUAACUUUGGCUAGUAUUCUUUUCCACUUAGGAACCUUUUCUAAGACCUAUGUAAAAAUCUGUGGUGUCCCUUUAGGACUUUAACAGCACCCGUAGCUGGUCUACGUGGCCCAUCAUUUUGUCCUGGAUUAGAUAUAUGGGAAUUUCUUUUGUUGGCUUCUGCUGCUCCCUCAGAUCCUCAGACACCUUGAGUAGUAGGCAAAAUGUUUAAAUAACCUAAACAAAGCUGAGCUCAGCCAAUACUGUAUGGCGCUCUAAAACCGAAAACUAACUUUAGUGUAACACGGAAAAUAAAAAGCGGAAAAAAAGAAAGCGAUUUUUAACAGACGUUUGUCCAAGGCACAAAUCUAAAGCAUUGAUGCGAGAAAAUUAAAUGAGAACCUAGUAUGUAUAAAUGAAAAUUGAAAUUGAUAAUUGAUUGAUAACGAUAAUAAACGAAAAGCUAGAAGAGACGAGGAGAAGCAAAGCGAUGAGGAAGAACGUUAAACGAGAAUUCACAAUUAGCGAGGCGAAAAACAAAUUCAUUAGCGUUGUUUUAAUUUAUUAGUAAGUCGAAGGCGGCGAGCGACCCAAAACACGACGAUGAAUAUAUCUCCAUGUGUAUGUAUGUAUGAUUAAAGGACGGAGUACGAGGGAGGGGAGUCGAGUUACAGAUAGAUCGAGGAAGGUAGUUCGAACUUCGAAAACACCUAAGCGUAUUCAAGAGCAGCGUAACAUAGUUAUAAGACGGGAACUCGCAAUACGAUGAUAACUCAACUUCCAAACCGAUACAGACUUCUUCAGCUGACUUCCAUAAUCAUAAUCAUUGUUAACACUUAAAUAUAGAAGAUAACGCUUUAAAAGAACAAACAGACAGACUUACACGUACACGACCCUUGGUUCCGGUUGAGUUAGUUAGGUUUUGUUCGAUCCCCCAAAAGAGUCCCCGAAACGAGUCCAAGACCCAUCCAAGUUACCAGUGUCCAGAGCCCAGUUCCACUUCGAGCCCCACGCCCUGCCCCUCCACUCAGACUCGUCGUCAAACACACUCUGUGUAAAUGCAAUCAGUUAGAUUUAUAAGAUGAAUAACAAGUCGAAACGAAUGUAAGACAUCCCCAAAGGAGAGGCAUUAAUUAAGCUACGAAACAAUUUGCAAAUAAUACUCAUAGAGCGCGAGGCGAGGCAGAAGAUGCAACAUCAUGCGUUACAUUGUUUUAAUAUUGCGAAUUACGAAUAAAUUGAUCAAUUACAUAUACAUACAACAAAGAGCAAACAAAUUACAAACUGUUUUUAUUAAUUUUGUUAAACGAUAAUGAAAUCAUUAAAAUAACUCUAACAAAGGAAAACAAGCUAAGCGGAUAACAAACGACAGAUUAAAAUUAAUAACGUAUAUAAAUCGAUAUAUAUAUAAAUACACACACUCACAUAAAAAACAACAUUGAGCAGAGAAACAACCAAGCAUAAAUUCAAUUAAAAGUAACAAAACCAAAACAAAAACAAAAGAGAAAAACAAA